CCUCCGGACUUCUCUGGGGCCAGCAGCCGCCCGACCUGGGGCCCGGGGCCACGGGCUCAGCCGACGACCAUGGGCUCGGUGUCCAACCAGCAGUUUGCAGGUGGCUGCACCAAGGCAGCGGAGAAGGCGCCAGAGGAGGCGCCGGCUGACGCGGCCCGAGCGGCAGACGAGCCGCAGCUGCUGCACGGGGCCGGCAUCUGUAAGUGGUUCAACGUGCGCAUGGGGUUCGGCUUCCUGUCUAUGACCGCUCGCGCCGGGGUCGCGCUCGACCCCCCGGUGGACGUCUUUGUGCACCAGAGCAAGCUGCACAUGGAAGGGUUCCGAAGCCUCAAGGAAGGUGAGGCAGUGGAGUUCACCUUUAAGAAGUCUGCCAAGGGUCUGGAAUCCAUCCGCGUCACUGGCCCUGGUGGUGUGUUCUGUAUUGGGAGUGAGCGGCGGCCAAAAGGGAAGAACAUGCAGAAGCGAAGAUCCAAAGGAGACAGGUGCUACAACUGCGGUGGGCUAGACCAUCAUGCCAAGGAAUGCAAGCUGCCACCCCAGCCCAAGAAGUGCCACUUUUGCCAAAGCAUCAACCAUAUGGUGGCCUCAUGUCCACUGAAGGCCCAGCAGGGCCCCAGUUCUCAGGGAAAGCCUGCCUACUUCCGGGAGGAAGAGGAAGAGAUCCACAGCCCUGCCCUGCUCCCAGAAGCCCAGAAUUGAGGCCCAGGAGUCAGGGUUAUUCUUUGGCUAAUGGGGAGUUUAAGGAAAGAGGCAUCAAUCUGCAGAGUGGAGAAAGUGGGGGUAAGGGUGGGUUGCCUGGGUAGCUUGCACUGCCGUGUCUCAGGCCGGGGUUCCCAGUGUCACCCUGUCUUUCCUUGGAGGGAAGGAAAGGGUGAGGCGAAGGAACUCCUACCACACUCUAUCUGAAAGCAAGUGAAGGCUUUUGUGGGGGGAGGAACCACCCUAGAACCCGAGGCUUUGCCAAGUGGCUGGGCUAGGGAAGUUCUUUUGUAGAAGGCUGUGUGAUAUUUCCCUUGCCAGACAGGAAGCCAAACAAGUGUCAAACCAAGAUUACUGAACCUACCCCUCCAGCUACUAUGUUCUGGGGAAGGGACUCCCAGGAGCAGGGCGAGGUUAUUUUCACACCGUGCUUAUUCAUAAUCUUGUCCUGCGGUGCUGUGCUGGGAACGGUCUCUAGCAAUGGGUUGUGAUGACAGGCAAAGAGGGUGGUUGGGGGGACAACUGCAGACCUGCUGCCCACACCUCACUCCCAGCCCUUUCUGGGUCAAUGGGAUUUUAAUUUAUUUGCUCCCUUAGGUAACUGCACCUUGGGUCCCACUUUCUCCAGGAUGCCAACUGCACUAUCUACGUGCGAAUGACGUAUCUUGUGCGUUUUUUUAAUUUUUUGAUUUUUUUUUCUUCUUAAUAUAAAUAAUGGGUUUGUAUUUUUGUAUAUUUUAAUCUUAAGGCCCUCAUUCCUGCACUGUGUUCUCAGGUACAUGAGCAAUCUCAGGGAUAAUAAGUCCGUAGCAGCUCCAGGUCUGCUCAGCAGGAAUACUUUGUUUUGUUUUGUUUUGAUCACUAUGGAGACCAACCAUUUGGAGUGCACAGCCUGUUGAACUACCUCAUUUUUGCCGAUUACAGCUGGUGUUUCUGCCAUAGCGUCCUUGAAAAAUGAGUCUCACGGGUUUCAAUUGAGCUGCCCCAAGACUUGAUCUGGUUUUGGCAAAACAUAGGACAUCACUCUAAACAGGAAAGGGUGGUACAGAGACAUUAAAAGGCUGGGCCAGGUGAAAGGCACAAGAGGAACUUUCCAUACCAGAUCCAUCCUUUUGCCAGAUUAGUCUAAGCCUGCCAUGCACAGCAGGGUGUGUGAGAGAGAGAGAGAGUGUAAUGUAUGUGUGUGUGGAUUUUUUUUAAUGCAAAUUUAUGAAGAUGAGGUGGUUUUUGUUUAUUUGAUUGCUUUUUGUGCUGGGGAUAGAAUCUUGGGCUUCAUUUGUGCUAGGAAGUACCCUACCACUGAGUUAUCCCAGUGAGACUGCAACUUAAGACCAGUAAGUACCCUUAUUCCCACACUGUGCUGUCCAGGCAUGGGAACAUGAGGCAGGGACUCAACUCCUUAGCCUUUCACAAUCUUGGCUUUCAGAGAGACUCAUGAGUAUGGGCCUCUGUGGCAAGUGUCCUGCCCUGCUGUAGCGUGAUGGUUGAUAGCUAAAGGAAAGAGGGGGUGGGGAGUUUCGUUUACAUGCUUUGAGAUCGCCACAAACCUACCUCACUGUGUUGAAACGGGAUAAAUGCAAUAGAACACAUUGGGUGGUGUGUGUGUGUCUGAUCCUGGUUUCUUGUCUCCCCCCCCCCAAAUGCUGCCCUCACCCCUAGUUAAUUGUAUUCGUCUGGCCUUUGUAGGACUUUUCCUGUCUCUGAGUUGGUGAUUGCUAGGUGGCCUAGUUGUGUAAAUAUAAAUGUGUUGGUCUUCAUGUUCUUUUGGGGUUUUAUUGUUUACAAAACUUUUGUUGUAUUGAGAGAAAAAUAGCCAAAGCAUCUUUGACAGACAGUUCUGCACCAGAUACCACCAUCUGACACCUAAAUGUGGGGUCCUCUUCUCAAAGUGAACCUCUGGGACCAUGGCUUUUCCUUCCCUGCUCCUCCUGUGUCUUCCAUUCUGGACCACAGUGACCUUCAGACAGCCCCUCUUCUCCUUGGUAAGAAAACUUAGGCUCAUUUACUUCUUUGAGCAUCUCUAUAACUCUUGAAGGACCCAUGUGGAAAUUCUGAAGAAGCCAGGAACCUCAUUCUUCACUUGUCCCUAACUCAGUGAAGAGUUUUGGUUGGUGGUUUUGAGACAGGGCCUCACUCUGUAGCUGGAGAUCGAUAGCCUCAGGUUCCUGGCUCUCCUCCUGCCUUCGACUCCCCUGUGCAGGGAUUGCAGGUGCCACUUCUCCCUGGCAAGACCAUUUAUUUCAUGGUGUGAUUCGCCUUUGGAUGGAUCGAACCAAUGUCAUCUGUCACCCUUAGGUCGAGAGAAGCAAUUGUGGGGCCUUCCAUGUAGAAAGUGGAAUCUGGAGACCCAGGAAAGGGACUAUGAAUGUACAGUGAGUCACUCAGGAACUUAAUGCCGGUGCAAGAAAUGUAUGUCAAAGAGGCCACAAGAUUGUUACUAGGAGACCGACGAAUGUACCUCCAUGUUUACUGCUAGAAACCAAAGCUUUGUGAGAAAUCUUGAAUUUAUGGGGAGGGUGGGAAAGGGUGUACUUGUCUGUCCUUUCCCCAAUCUCUUUCCCGAACUGCAGGAGACUAAGGCCCCCCCACCCCCCGGGGCUUGGAUGACCCCCACCCCUGCCUGGGGUGUUUUAUUUCCCAGUUGAUUUUUACUGUACCCGAGCCCUUGUAUUCCUAUCGUAUAAUCAUCCUGUGACACAUGCUGACUUUUCCUUCCCUUUCUUCCCUGGGAAAAUAAAGACUUAUUGGUACUCCA